GCCGCGUCCCCUUCUCCCUCCUCGCCUUUCCCCCUCCUCCCUCCGCUGCAGCUCCGUCCUCGCCUCCACUGUCUAGCUAGCUCUAGCAGCCUCCCAGCUAUAUACGCGCCCCCCACCCACCCUACCGCCUCCCCACACCCGUCCUCCUCGCUCCUCGACCACCGCCGCCGCUCGCCUCCUGCUGCAGGCUCUCGCCAGAAAGGGAAACCGCAUCUGCUGCUUCGGCGCGCCGCCCCUGAUCGACGGCCAGAGCGGGGGGUGUGGUGACGAGACGAGGUCGGCCGGCCGGCCGGCGCGCAGAUCUGAGGCGUGAGCAGCUAGCGCGGAGGGAGCUGAGGUGCGUCAUGCAGGGCGGAGGCGCGGCCGACAGCCCCGGCGCGGCGGCGGGCGGGAACGCGCCGCGGCCGAGCCGGUACGAGUCGCAGAAGCGCCGGGACUGGCACACCUUCGGGCAGUACCUGCGCAACCACCGGCCGCCGCUGGAGCUGGCGCGCUGCAGCGGCGCGCACGUCCUCGAGUUCCUGCGCUACCUCGACCAGUUCGGCAAGACCAAGGUCCACGCGCCGGGCUGCCCCUUCUUCGGCCACCCGUCGCCGCCCGCGCCGUGCCCGUGCCCGCUCCGCCAGGCGUGGGGCAGCCUCGACGCGCUCGUCGGCCGCCUCCGCGCCGCCUUCGAGGAGCACGGGGGUCGCCCCGAGGCCAACCCCUUCGGCGCGCGCGCCGUGCGCCUCUACCUCCGCGAGGUCCGCGACAGCCAGGCCAAGGCGCGCGGCAUCGCCUACGAGAAGAAGCGCCGGAAGCGCCCCUCCUCCUCGUCCCAGCACUCCCAGCAGCAGCAGCAAGCCGCCGCGACUCCCCCGCCCCAGGCUGCCGCUCCCGCCUCCUCGCCGGCUCUGUCGGACGAGGCGACUGAGAGGGCCACGGCCACCGAAGCGCGGGCGCACGCCGUGCACCAGCACCACCACUUCCUGCACGGCUUCAUCCCGCACCCGCAGUUCCUGCACGGCUUCAGCCUGGUGCCGGGCGGCCACCCCAAAGCGGUCGCUGCUGGCAAUGGCAGCAGCAGCGGCAGCAGCGCCGGCGCCGGCGCCGGCAGCGGGGACGAGAUAGCGCUGGCGAUGGCGGCGGCGGCGGAGGCGCACGCGGCGGGGUGCAUGCUGCCGCUCUCAGUGUUCAACUAGCCGUGUAGCCGAAUCGAGGUACUAGGUCUUAAACAAUGGAUGAAUUACUCAUCGUCGGAGGUUUAUCUAGUGUUAAGAUCGAUCUCGUCGUGAUAGAUCGAUCAACACGCGUACUUGCUGCAGCUGUUCUUAAGGAUUUUCUACCCGAUCUCUUUUGGUUGGUUACAUGCAUUUCCUGCUGUUCUAGCUGCUCAGCUCUGCUGGGAAAUAGUAGUAGGUGUACUUGGUACUGUAGGGUUUCCUGGAUCCUGCUUGGUUUGUGUAUGCAAUGCAAUGAAGAUGGGAGAUAAUAUAAUGGAAGGCUUAAUUACCAGGCUUCUCUUUCUGGACUAA